ACAAUAAAGUCUUUGAAUAAUUUAGUCUUUAGCCAAACACUUGCUGUGGUCGACGAAAAUGUUGCUGACAGUUGUGGUCUUUUAUUUAACCUAUAUUCAAGUUUCAUAUACGUUGCCACCAAAUAUUUAUAGAAAUAAUGCUGAUAACCUUCAAACUAGAUAUAAUGAAAGGUUUAUUCAACAUUCAAAUUUGGAAGAGCAAAAUGUAUAUGCAAAAGGCUCACACAAUUACCACCCAUUACCAAAUAUAGGAUCACAUUCAAAUUUCAAUAUUGCUCAAAGCAAUGCAGCGGUUGCAUCAGGAAAAUUAGAGAUCAUAAAUGAAAAUGGAAUGGCAAAUAAUGGAAGGUUGAAACAACGAAACGAGUUCAGACCAAAAGUAAAUCAGUACAUUAACGUACCACAAAACUACGAAAGCAUUUUAAAUAAUUUGAACAAUCAGAGAAUGAUUUCACAAUUUCAAGGAGAAAAUUUAGCCAAACAAUAUGGCCUACCUCAAAAUUUCAAAAUUAACCUACGUGGGUAUGUCGCUCCGGAUAUAAACAAAGGAUUUAUUCCACCGCAGUCCGCUCCACUAAAACCGUUUCCACAAAUCAGGCCUGUUCAAAAUACAAUACAGCCAACAGGUGUAAACAUCGGUAAUAAUGUGAACCGCCCAAUGCUGAACCAGCCAGUUGCAUCGUUACCCAGUAAAGUAAAUUCAGAAAAUGCUCGUCUACAAUCAAAAAAAUCGUAUACUAUUGUUCAUCCAAAUGGAACUAUUGAAGAAACGGAUGAUUUUGAAUAUAUCAAAAAGAAUUAUCCGUACUACACUGUGCACGAUUUAAAUAAAAAAAAUAUAAAAAAAGAUAGUAUUGCCGAUAUGAAAGUACAUGCUGGAAGUCCUCUUGUAAAUCCUACUAUUGUACCAAUUUACAAUCUUCCACUAGAACAGCCUUUAUUAAAUUUUAACAAAAAAGAGACACUAGUACCUAAUACAUUAGUUCAAAUAACCCAGUCACAGAUUAAUCUCACCAAAAUAGAUGAAUCCGCUAUAGUUAAUGCAACUCAUGCUAACGCUAAUAAAGAAACUUCAAGUUUUAGACCCAUUUCACCAAGAAAUUUAACCUCCCAACAUGAUAUAAGCAAACCUGGUUCCCAAAAGUUAUAUACAAGCUUCUUAGAAACACUUCAAUCCAUAAAAAGUAAUGAUUCAAAACAUUUACCUGUAAUAGAUAAAACAAGCCCAAAUUUAGAAAUAAUUAAACCCCCUAAAAAGAGUCAAGAUACCAAAAUCGAAUCUGGUAGUCUACUUCAAGAUAAUGUAAACGAUAUGCUCGAGAAGAUAAGUGCUAUCGACUUUUGGAAAGAAAUAGAUGUUAUUCAAAUCACAGAUGAAACAGCUGCAGGUGAAAUUAACAAAGAAAAUUUAUUUAAAAACUUUGAAACGAUAGAUUCGAAUGAGGACGAAGAACUUACCAAAAACUCAACAUUAAACCCAGAGACGAUACCAAGCAAGGAUCUAACUUUUGAGGAUAAUGAUGUUAUAACAGAUACCAACGAUACUUACGAUGUUUUUAAUACUAAUCCAGAAGUAGUAGAGGAUUUUGUCAGCUCCAUUGAAGAUAGACUAGAGUUUAUCAAACCAUUUUUAAUUAUAAAUGAGACUGAUGCUAUUGAUAAACAAGAAGAAAAUAGUCACGAACCAGGAAAUUCCUUAAGUACUAACACCAAUGCAUCAGGUCAAGCCUUAACUAAUCCUAUUUAUAUCCCACAUAUAUCGCUAGUUAAAGGCGAUGAUACGAAUUCCUCGUUUUGGUUUACGACAAAUGACAAAAAGGCGUUGGAGAAACUGUCGCCACAAAAGAGGAAAAAUGUAACGAUUCCUUCGACACUCACUAAUGGGGAGAAUAAAACUGGCACAAUGUAUUCUAAUGAAUCUAAAGAAAAUACUACUUUUGAAGAAAAGAAGCCUGUAGACAGCAAAGAAGAAAUAAAAAAUUCAUAAUA